AUUCGUCCACAAAACGUAAGUCGUACGGCUUGCGGUCCCCUAGCCACGAUUGAAUCCUAGGGUAUUUUACGUUUAGGUUGGCAAUACAUCUGAAAACGACAGUUACAACGGAUUUCCAAUCAAAAUUAUUUUCUGUUUAUGUCUUGUCUGACUUCCCACAAAUUUCUUACUACUCUAGAUUUCCCUGCAUUUUCUGGAAAAUUUUGAUCUUCCUGAUUGAUCUACUACAUAUCUACGUACUGUGAUCAACCAUGAACCGUGAAGAACUUCAGAAACACAUUUACUAUUCGGACAAAUACUACGAUGAUGAAUACGAAUACCGACACGUUGUUUUACCGAAAGAGAUGACCAAGUUAGUACCAAAAACACAUCUAAUGUCAGAAGCAGAAUGGAGAGGCUUGGGAGUACAACAGAGCAAAGGUUGGGUGCAUUAUAUGAUACACGAACCAGAACCACACAUCCUACUCUUCAAGAGACCUAUAACAACUCCACCUUCAAAGUAUGAUGAAAACAAGUGAAUAUUUAUUUUAAUCUUAAUGAAAUGUUAUUAUUUUUAGUCCUGUUACUCAUAACCUUGUGAUAUUUAGUUUUGAAUGCAUCAUAAACAUAUGUUAUGUGUUAUUCAAAAUGAUUCUGUAUAUAAAUUGCCAGAUAUGGCAGCUGAGUAACAGGUCUGAUAAUGAUACCAUGUAAAUAAUGUAGCAUUAGGGUUUUAACUCACCAAAAAGUCCUUUUAAUGUUAGCUUUUCUUUUGCUUAGUAUUUUAACAAAAUAUUGAAGCUUGAUACUGAAUAAAUAAUGUUACUUUUUAAUCAAGUACUUUUUAGUAUGAAAAGGUCUCAAAAUUCAUUGAAAUAUAGGGCUAGCACUCAAGCAUGCACCAAGGGAUGGCGAAGAAUGACAUCAAAAAGGAUUACCUUCUGACAGAGCACACACUCUGAUGAGAAACAGCUUGCAAGCUCUGGCUGUCAUAACAAGGUGAUGCCUCGUACCAUAGUAUCUCACAGUAUGCCAUUCAUUAUAUUAGGAAGGAUUUAUCGCUUGACAUAAGAAAGCAUGCUGUGAGAUACUGCAUCAAGAGGCAUCAACAUGCUACUGUAUCUCCUAGUUGCCAGGCUAUACAGAUUGUUUUAGAAAACAGUGGCAAUGUUUAUAGGACAGAAAGUACAUCAGAGCAUGCAUGCACUCAUUUUUUUCAUUAUUUUGAGAUGUUUUUUAGUGCAGUAGUCCUUCACUCAAACGCUCAAAUCCAUAAAGUGUUUCAAUAACCAAUAUUUAUAUUGUGGGAUCAGGAAAUACUUGAUUCCAGAAGGGCCUCUAAGCUUAUCCACCAUCUUUUUUUUAAUCUUCAUUUGCAAGCAGCAUAAUGACAUGACCAGAGUAAAGCUUCUGAACUAGUUGUUUUAAACUCAUUUUUCCUUCCAAAAUGCUAUUUUUUUCGAAUGUUUCUCCUUGUGGACAUCAAAAAUAACCUAGAAAGUCCUAUACAAAUAGAUCCUUCACCAAGAUACAGGAUGUAGAAAUUUAUAUGCCACUGAUGAUACCCAUUAAGGACAAAACAAAUAUGUUUCACACGUUCAUUCCUGUAACAUACAAUAUUCAAUGUCAACCUUUCCUAAUUCCAGUAUACUUCAAAGAAGAAUGGAUUUAAUUAUUUAUCUCAAAAUAUAUAGACCAAUUUUUCUCCAAAAGGAAUGGUCUGACAAAAAUUUCCUAUGAGAAAUAAUUUAUGUAAAAUUAAAUAUCUUAUCUGAAAAUACAAUAGGUGCCUCAGAAAAGUCAGUACUGGUCAAAAUGUCUGAGAUUAUUCGUCCCUGGUGCAGUUAGUGGCCUAUUUUUGGUUUGUAUUCCUUAUCCUGUUGGGUCGGCGUGUACAAAAUUUUAAAAUCCACUCCAGAGAUAUAAUUUUUUUUAUGUUUUUUGAUUUAUAUUUCAAGAACUUUUUGUGUUAUUUUUACUUAAUAAUAUUGUCAUUGCUUAUUUAAUCAUCAUAUAGAUAUCAUGCUUACAAAUCGAAGGAAUUUUACUGUCAGUAAUACAAUCCUUUUCAAUCCUCCUUCUUGACAUCACCUGGUUAAUGACGGCAAAAUUUGAAAAUAUUAAAAUUGAUUUUUAACUAUACAAUGAUCAUUCAUAUCUCUCAUGUAUUGAUAAACAUCAACAUAGAUUUUCUUGUUAGCCAUCUUUUGGCCUCACAGUUUUUUUCUCAAAUAGAACCUACAUUAAUGCAUCUAUGAUAUUUAAUAUUUUUGUAGCCCAGGCAAUGCCACUUUGUUCAUACUGAAUAUUUUGAUACUUUUUUAUACUACAGAAAAUAAUAAACAGAGUGGUAACAGUUUCUCUAAACUUGGACUCUUUCCCAUAAUUUUUUUACCAUUUCCCCAAAUAAAGUUCUUUCCACUAAACGGUUGUAUUGUUUCAGUUUUGCCCCAAUGGAAAGUACAAAAAAUAAAGUAAUGCAAAACUGUUGCUGAUAGUAUGAUGGAUACGAUUUUAUACUGUAUAUUGUACAUUAUUACCACUUUUCAAUGUUAUUAUUCCGAACAAGAUUCUGUGUUCAUUUUUUAUUUAAUGCGAUUUUUAUAAAUACACUUUUGUAGUAA